ACCAUGAGGGAAGUCCAGAUUUUUCUGCUGCUUACCAGCGUCUUGGUUCAUGGAAGAGACCCACGUUGGCAGAAUAGUUAUGAUGAACCUCUGCAUUUCGCUUGUCCAGUCAGGCAGUCAAUUUCCUAUAUAAGCAGUCAGCAUGAUAACCAUAGAGAGGACAGACUCUGGGAUUUUGGCUGCAAGGACACCUUCAGCAGUGAACCUACCUGUUUUUGGUCAGAGUAUGCAAAUGACUUUGACCAGGAGUUCACCUUUCAGUGUCCAAAGAACUAUGUCCUGACAGGCAUGAACAGUUACCAUGACAACCACCAUGAGGAUAGAAGAUGGCGUUUCCAUUGCUGUCUGGUCCACAAUCAGUGCAAUGCGGUGUGCCAGUGGACCACCUACAUAAACUACUUUGAUGAACCUUUCUCUUGGAGCGUGCCAACAAUGAAUUACUUAGUGGGAACUGGCAGCUACCAUUCAAAUAGUAAAGAGGAUCGGCGCUGGAGAUACAUGUAUUGCACAAGGCAGUCCUGCUGA